AUUAAAUAUGUGUGUAUAAUACAACAAGGUGACGAAACGGCCGCCUCGUAGAUUCAGUUUUCUUGUCUCCCAAAAUUCGUUUUUCAGAUUUUGUUUCUGAAGGAAACCACCUGAACCAGGAGGAGCUAGGACCUCUACUUAUUUUGGUUCCAGAACACCGUACGUGGCUAUUGGGAACCGGCUGCGGCAGCUUGAACAUGAUCGGAUUGUUGAAAGGUUGCAUGAGGCAUCUGUGUUCUUGUUCAUGAAAUAGGUUGGCUAGCUAUAUUGGGAUCUUCGGCAGGUGUUGAGAUCUCGUUUUGGUUUCAGGAGACGUUGUGAGCCUUUCAUUGUUGCAUUUGUGUGCUGUUUUUUUAUCUACGUAAACGCGAUAGAGAAACUUUAAUUACUGGGCCGGAAUGGAACAAUUCCGGCGUAUCGGAGAGGUUUUGGGGAGUAUGAAGGCACUGAUGGUCUUACAAGAUGGUAUCAAGAUCAAUCAAGGGCAGUGCUGUCUAUUGCUUGAUAUCUUGACUUUGGCAUUUGAGACAAUUGGGGAGGAGAUCAGGCUGAACCUGAAAUUGGAGGAGAAAAAGACCAAAUGGAAGGGCCUAGAUGAACCUCUGAGGGAGCUCUACACAGUUUUCAGAGAAAGCGAGAUUUACAUCAGAAGCUGCAUGGAUGCCAAAGACUGGUGGGGCAAAGCAGUCAUCCUCCAUCAGAACAAGGACUGUGUCGAAUUUUACAUACAUAAUUUGUUCUGCUACUUCUCGGCUGUCAUUGAGGCAAUCGAGAACGCUGGAGAGAUUGCGGGGCUGGACCAGGAUGAGAUGCAGAAGAAGAGGAUUGUGCUUAAGAGGAAGUAUGAUAAGGAUUGGAAUGACCCGAAACUUUUCCAGUGGAGAUUUGGGAAGCAGUAUUUGGUCCCGAAGACGAUGUGCAAAAGGUUGGAGAGUGCUUGGAGGGAAGAUAGAUGGCGGCUCAUUGAAGCACUCAAGGAGAAGAAAUUAGCUGUUGGUUUGACAAAGAAUGAGCAGCAGCUCGGAGACUUGCUGCUUAAGAAACUACACGGGGCAGAGUUUUUGAAUGGGAAACUGUUUCCGAGCUCAAUUUUAUUAGGAGCUAAGGAUUACAACAUUAAGCGGCGGUUAGGAAAUGGACGGCAGUACAAGGAAAUCCACUGGUUGGGGCACAACUUUGCCAUGAGACAUUUCUUUGGGGAACUUGAACCGUUCAGUUCUGAGAUUUCGACUCUCCUUUCACUCUCCCACCCCAGUGUACUGCAAUACCUUUGCGGGUUUUAUGAUGAAGAUAAGAAGGAAUGCUUCCUUGUUAUGGAGUUGAUGAGCAAGGAUCUCUGUUGCUACAUGAAGGAGAAUUGCGGCGCAAGAAGGCAGAUCUUGUUCUCUCUCCCAGUGGUGGUUGAUAUCAUGCUUCAGAUUGCAAGAGGCAUGGAGUAUCUCCACUCCAGAAAGAUAUACCAUGGUGACUUGAACCCUUUCAAUAUAUUUCUCAAGGCAAGGAGCUCUACAGAAGGUUUCUUUCAAGCAAAAGUCUCCGGUUUUGGUUUGACAUCUGCCCAAAAGAAACCUACUUGCCGAAACUCACAGAAACAGCAGCAGAAGAAACAUGAAAUCGACCCUUUGAUUUGGUGUGCCCCGGAAGUCCUAGCUGAGCAAGAACAAACAGGAAAUACCUUUGUCCAUUCGAAAUUCACAGAGAAAGCAGACGUGUACAGCUUUGGGAUGCUUUGCUUUGAGCUCUUGACUGGGAAGAUCCCUUUUGAAGAUUCACAUCUCCAAGGGGACAAGAUGAGUCACACUAUAAGAGCAGGAGGGAGGCCCCUUUUUCCAUUCCCUUCACCAAAGUACCUUGUCAAUUUAACCAAGAGGUGCUGGCACUCUGACCCGUCUCAGCGCCUGAGUUUCUCAUCCAUUUGCAGGAUCUUACGCUACAUAAAGAAAUUCCUGGCCUUGAACCCUGAUGUUGAUCAGCCACCAAUACUCCAAUCCCCUUCCACGGACUUUUGUGAAAUAGAGACAUGGUUCCAGAAGCAUUACAAGGCAAUGGGGCAUGCUGAUGCAGCCUCCAUCUCACAAAUUCCAUUCCAAAUGUUUUCUUAUAGACUUGGAGAGAUGGACAAGACUCCUGGCUUGAUCAGGAUCAAGAGUUUGGAUUCUGUGAGUGAAACCGCUUCGAUGUUUAAGGCUGAAGAAGAAGCCACUCCUGUGAUUGACAGUCUCACCGUUACAGAUGAUACAAGGUCUUUUUUCUCUGAUGCGAGGUCACUUUAUGAUGUGAGAUCAGUUUUUUCCGAGGCGCCAAUGAAGAAAACUCUCAGUGCAAAGAAACGUUCAGAAUUGAGGGGCAGAAAAGCCUCAGGUCCUUCACAAGCACCAACAACAUCAAGAAUUUCCUUGCCCAAACUUCCGACACCAAAGCUCUCGUCGCCAAAACUUCAGUACUCAAAACUCCCACCGUCGAAAGUUGCUUCGCCAAAAAGUUCAUUUGGUCGCAGUUCAAUGACUAACAAGACCAGUCCACCACUGAGUUGUAUAAGCUCCAGGAACUCCAUGAGUAUGAGUAUGAGCCCAAGGUAUCCUAUGACUAUGAGUAUGAGCCCAAGGCAUCCUAUGAGUGCGACUCGAGGCAAUAGCUGCCGACCGAGAGGUCAUGUCUCGGAUUCCGAUUUACAUUAGCUUUUUGCUCAAGUUUCACCAUAAACAACUCCACAGAGCAUCUGGCCUCAAAUAGCAUUUAGCACAGAAUGAAAAUUUCACAAUAUACACAGCAAGUACAGAUUUCUUUUUGUUACCCUUAAAACAAAUAUGUUAGUUUGAUUACCAAAAAAGACAGUGAAUUUUCCUCUUUCUUUACCUUUUUUUGUAAAUUUCAAACAUGGUAGAGUUUUGCUCUUCUAUGCAAAGGUUCUCCAGUGGUCUUUACUGCUAUUACUUUUUUUUUUUAA